CCAAUCAGUAGCGGAGCUAGAAAUCCAAGCGGAAGGAACGAGAAAAAGAUGAGCAAGGCAUUCGAACCCUAGCAGAGCUAGGCACGAGUAAACAAUUCGUAGCAACUAGGUAGGGGGAAACAAAGAAGUUUGAGGAACUUGAAUCCUUGUAAUUAAAUAUGGGGUUCGAACUCUUAUCGGUUGGUUAUACUUAUUGAUUUGCUACAAGUUUGAUGCCUAAUUUUAACGAUAGUUUGAAAGUUGAGAAGAGAAAUGAUCUUCCCUGUGAAAUAGUUCAGCACGUGGUCCCAACUAUAUCGAUAACGAAAAUGUAAAUUACAAAAAUAUAUGGUUGAAAAAUUUAUUCGGAUCUAUAAUUUGAUCGCGUGACAUGAAAGUGGAGAAGUCAUCGUUAUCGUUGCUUGAGACUUGUCAACACACUUUGUAAAAUCAUCAUCUCUCUAAAUAAUGAAAACUCUAUCAUCGGAACGAAAAUAUGGCUACAAGUAUUGAAACCCAAUGCGAGUUUGGAAGUCCUAUGUUCAUGAGGUUGAAUCUCAAUGAAAUAGAUACACAUAACUGCAUUGGUGAGAGAAAUGCAGUCACGGUCUAGCCGGCUAGUAGAAAAGGAAGACGAUUGCUUCAGUUCGGUGCGUUUAAGGAGAGGUUGCUGGCGGACGAUCUGUUCUUGGCGAAAAUCGGGAUUGAGUGCGGCGUCGGCAUCUUCACCAAGACUGCUGCAGAGUAUGAGAAACGCAGAGAGAAUUUCUUCAAGGAGCUGGAAAUUGUGUUUGCUGAUGUGGUGAUGGCCAUAUGUGCAGAUUUCAUGCUUGUUUUCCUCCCUGCGCCUACCGUCUCUCUCAGACCAGCUCUGGCAGGAACUGCUGGACCUGUUGCAAGGUUCUUCUAUGGUUGCCCUGACAAUGCUUUCCAGACUGCUCUUGCUGGAACUUCGUAUUCAUUCGUGCAGAGACUAGGCUCAGUUGUGCGAAACGGAACAAAGCUCUUUGCUGUUGGCACUGCAUCUUCCCUGAUUGGGACAGUGGUAACAAAUGCCCUGAUCAAUGCAAAGAAGGCUGUGAACAGUACUGGUGAAGUUGAAAACGUGCCUAUACUCUCCACCAGUGUUGGCUAUGGUAUCUACAUGGCAGUCUCUAGCAACCUCAGGUACCAAAUAUUGGCUGGUGUUAUCGAACAAUGAAUCUUGGAGCCUUUACUUCACCAACACAAGCUCAUGCUCAGUGCAAUCUGUUUCGCUGUUCGAACAGGCAACUCUUACUUGGACUCACUAUUGUGGGUGGAUUAUGCUUGCAUGAUCGGGAUCCAAAAGGCUUAAGAAGAGCAGAAUGAACUGGCUUAGGCAGAUGCAAGAGCUCAGAACCUUUUGUGGAACUUUUUUAGUUUGUUUGACCCCCCAUGUUAGUGUAGAAUAUGAAGAAAGUAGGUUAUAUAUGAAUUGGUAUUUUACCCCGGGAGGAGAUUUAGGCGGCAUUGCUUUUGGGAGUUCGUAUACAUCUGAAUUGGUCCAUCAGGCUCGUAGUUGCUAUUGUUUUUUCGGCUCAUCCACUUGUUUUUCUUUUUUAUCAUUCUCAUGAUAAGUUGAGUGUAUUGAUUUCAGACACCCUGAAUUGCUCAGUUUGAUGGUUGGAGUUGGAGAGAAAGGUUAUAUAUGAAGUACAAAAAAAAAAGGGAUUUGAUGCAUUUCCUUUAU